AUGGGACCGUACAGGAAGCUGGAAUCGAUUCGUGCCCCGUGCUGUCAGGAUGGCUGGUUUCAUCGGAGCUGCGUGGAACAAUUUGCCCAAUCGGCGGGGUACUUUCUCAAGUGCCCUAUGUGCAGCAACAAGGACGACUUUAGCCAGGAGAUGCAGCAGCGUGGGAUUUUUAUACCGGAAAAGGAUGCCUCGUGGGAGCUGGAACCGAAUGCAUUCAACGAUCAGUUGAAACGUCCUUCCGAGUGUGACACGAUGUUGGGAUCUGAUCCAGUGUGCAAAAAAAGUGCAUUGUUGGUUUUGGCCGUGAUCCUCGGCUGUAAUGGUCAAGGAUAUCAAGGAUAUUACUACCCCAAGCCAAGCAUUCCACUUGAACCAGCGCCUGUUUGUUCAACGUCGUAUGUAACGCAGACCCUCCGAGAAGCCGUCCAAGUUCCUGUAUAUUACACAUCAACCGUGGUGGAUCAGCAAUACUUCACAGUGUUUUCCACCGUCGUUCAACCAGUGACCCAAAUUGAAACCCAAACAAGAACAGUGGUUAUAACGCCAAGUCCCGUGAUCCUAUAUUCCACUAUCGUGUCCACCGUAACGGCUUUCAGCGGCAUUCAGGAUGAUAGCAGCAGCAAUCAACAAUCCUUGAACAACGGUUAUCUUCCUCCACCGGUAGUAAGUGACGAUGCUCGGGGUCGCCUAAAUAAUGAGUACCUGCCUCCAUGUGGAGAAGAGUCUCGAAGCAACACAGGGGUUAACAUUUUGAGCCUUGCUGGUGUUGAUAGUGAUGCUGUUAGCCAAAAUAGUGUACGGUUCAACCCACUGGAACAGCAGCAAAUUUCGCUCAAUCUCGGAGCGUUGCCUCCGUACUGAUUGAUGCGUGGUUUGCAUGCAAGCGUCUAAGAACGAGAUGUGGAUGUAGGAAACGAGUGUGUGAUGAUGUGC